AUGGCAAAGAUUUCUAUACCUCCUGGUAAAGAAGCUCGUUUCAAAAAGAUUGGUAUCGUACUAGUGACUUUAUUAACGCUGUACAUCCUAUAUAGCGGCGCAUCAGUAAGCAACACUGGUGUUAGAGUUGCUAAAUCUGGUAAAAGGGAAAAAGCUACUUUUGUCACUUUAGCACGUAAUCAAGAUCUUUAUUCUUUAGCUUCUACAAUUAAAAAUGUCGAAGAUAGAUUCAAUCACCAAUACAACUAUGACUGGGUUUUUCUUAACGAUGCUGAUUUUACGGAGGAAUUUAAAGAAGUUACCUCUAGAUUGGUAAGUGGUACCACUAAAUACGGUAAAGUUCCUAAGGAACACUGGUCUUACCCAGAAUGGAUUGACCAAAAUAAAGCUGCUGAAACAAGACAAAAAAUGAAGGAAGAAAAGGUCAUUUAUGGUGAUUCUGUUUCCUACAGACAUAUGUGUAGAUUUGAGUCUGGUUUCUUCUACAAACAUCCCUUAUUAGAUGAUUAUGACUGGUAUUGGAGAGUUGAACCUGAUGUCAAAUUCCAUUGUGAUAUCAAUUAUGAUGUUUUUAGAUUUAUGAGAGAAAACGGCAAAAAGUAUGGUUUUACCAUUUCUUUAAGAGAAUAUGACGCUACCAUUCGAACUUUAUGGCCUACUACUGUCAAAUUCAUGAAUGACCAUCCACAAUUUAUUCAUGAAAACAACAUGAUGGAUUUCAUCAGUGAUGAUGGUGGCCUUUCAUACAAUCUAUGCCAUUUCUGGUCCAAUUUCGAAAUUGGUUCAUUGGAUUUCUUGAGAAGUCAUGCUUAUAAUUCUUAUUUCGAUUAUUUGGAUAAAGCAGGUGGAUUUUUCUAUGAAAGAUGGGGUGAUGCACCAGUUCAUUCAAUUGCUGCUGCACUUUUCUUAGAUCGUAAUGAAAUUCAUCAUUUCAGUGAUAUUGGCUACUACCAUAUUCCUUUCAGUGCAUGCCCAUUAGAUCCAGUCACUAGAUUCGAAGGUAAAUGUAGUUGUAAUCCAAAGCAAGAUUUUACAUGGAAUGGAUAUUCCUGUGCUUCUAAAUUUUACACUGUUAAUAACAUGAAGAAACCAGAGGGCUGGCAAGAAUUAGCUUGA